GUAAAAGCUUAUUAAAAAAAAUCAACACUUUAUAUUGAUGAAAAACGUUUUCAUUUAAAUUUAAAAUAAAACAAAAAUGAAGGAAACUUAUACAUCUAUACUAGACUACAUAAUUCAAACAAAAGAUUCUAUCAAAGAGUUCGUGAAAAGUGAAGUUAAAUACGAUGAAGAAAUCGAUUCAUGGUUAUUUGUAAGCAAGCCAUGGCCAGUGCUCGGAAUAAUCAUUGUAUACUUAUUAUUCGUAAUGAAAAUAGGACCCAAAAUGAUGGAAAAUCGACAACCAUUCAAAAUUACUAAUAUAAUUUUGGUUUUCAACUUUAUACAAUUUUCCUACAACAGCCUGCUUUGUUUAUGGAUCGUUUUGACUCCUGGUAUACCAAAGUAUAUAUUCACUAAUCUAUGUCAUAUCACUAGUGAAACCCAACACGAGAGAUAUCUAAUAAAAUGUCUACACACUGUUUCAUGGUUUUAUUUCAUAUCCAAGAUCAUUGACUUGUUAGAUACAGUAUUUUUUGUUUUGAGAAAAAAACAAUCCCAUGUAACUUUUUUACAUGUUUACCAUCAUACAAAAAUGGUGAUAUCGUGUUGGAUGCAUAUAAGAUUUUUUAAAAGUGAAAAAGCUGCUUAUGGUGCAUUGCUUAAUUCAAGUGUCCAUAUCGCUAUGUACGGAUAUUAUUUCCUUGCUGCUCUUGGACCAUAUAUGCAAAAAUAUCUGUGGUGGAAAGUUUACGUGACUCAAUUACAAAUUGCUCAACUAUUCAUCGCGGUAGCUUACAUGGCUUAUAUGUAUAAAUAUGACUGCACUAUGCCACGAGUGAUGUCAUUUAUCGUAGUUAUCGAUAUCUUUGCAUUUAUUUAUUUGUUCAUGGAUUUUUAUAAAUCCGCUUAUAAGGAUGAUAAAAUCAUAAUAGCCAUAGCUGACAAAAAAGAUAAAGAAGAUACAAUUCACCAAAUUGAUGCUGUAGAUAAAAUCAAAUCAUCAUAAGCGUUGGUUAUACCUAUCAUAUAUAAAUCGUUUUAUUAAGUACAUUUUACAAAUAUUUAUUUAUAAUUAAUUUUAUCCAUACUCAUAUGAAAUUCGACAGAUAACCUGAAAAAGUUUGAAUAUUAAAUAUAUAUACCAAUUAGUUAAGUGCAAUCGCUUGACUAGAAAAAAUUGCAGAAAUACUAUUUAUAUGUCACCUUGCCAAUAGUUCUUAAAUAUAUCUCCCAUGUUACCUUCUAACUAUUAUUAUACAAAUUAAGGGUAAUUAUGGAUUUUGAUUCUACUUUAAUAAUUCGAUAUAUAGCAAAAAAGAUAUCUAAUAUGUAAUAUGGAAUAUCUAAUAUUCUUUAUAYACUCUUCACUUUUCACUAAUAGUGUUUUGCUAGGUAAUAAUAAAUUAUGCAAAAGAAUAAAUCUAUUUCGUCACUAUUAUAAAUAUUUUUAGAUUCAUACCUUUAAAUAAUUAACUAUAAUUUCYCCUUCCAUUCGUCAAAAUGUUUUAUAUAAACUUUAUUUGACCCAUAGAAAAUUUGAUGCCAAACAAUAUUAUUAUUCCAACUUUUGAUAUUUUCCAACCAGCCAUUUGAUGCUUUGAAUAUCGUGUAUAUCAUUUGUUAAUUUGUUCAGUAAUUUGAUGUGCUUUAGACCGUAUGAUUGGUUCAGAAACUGGUAUGUUUUUGCUCUAGCUCUUAUAAACCACUCUCGAGCUAAAUUAAUUAUUUUUUUGUUUGAAUUUGAAUUUAGUUUUCUUUUCAUUCAGCCGUAUCCUAAAAUAUAAAUUAUAAGUAGAUUUAUUUCUUAAAUGUUGCAUUAAUUUGUAUAGUUAUACUUACCAUUCAUCUAUUGUUCUUUUAUUUCUUUUUUUUACUUUAAUAUAAUAUUAUAUACCUAAUUGACUUUUUUCACACUUGAAAAGUUCACAAAUUUGUUUCACUUAUAAUUAAUCUUUAUCACUAGAUUUAAUUAAUUUUAAUUUUUUAUUUAAAGCUGAAAACUUAUUGAUUUUUGCUAUAUUGCAUUUUGUGAUAAAAAAAACUUUAUGCAGUCCAAGGCGUUAUAAGGACAAAACACCACCACAACACUAAUGAAAAAAUUAAUGUAAUGCAACGAAAUAAUCUUAACCAAUAAAGAUUWUAUUUAUCAACCAAUAAUUUUAAAAUAGGUAUUUCUAUGAURAACAGGUACAUGACAAAAAUAGUGUUUCCAUUUACCACGUUAGGCAAGUACCAUCUUACUCAGUGCAUGAUGUAUUUAAAAAAUUGCAAGAACCAAAUUAUUUUUCCAUAAAAGACCGGUUUCCAUAUUAAAUA